AUGGCUGACAAGUCUAUUCCCACCCUCCACUACCUCGACAUUGGUCGAUUGGGUCGCGGCGAAGUUGUCCGCCUAUUCCUGAGGGAUGCCGGCAUUGAGUUCAACGAUGUCCGACAUGCUUACAACGACACAUGGCCGGCGACGAGCGCGAAGCUCAAGGAACAGGGCAUCACUCGAACUGGCAAAGUGCCUGCGCUCUUGAUCAACGGCCUUGUGCUCAACCAACACAUCCCGAUUCUGAGGUAUCUGGCUAGAGAAACCGGCCGCUAUGACGGCGAGACAAACCAUGAAAAGUUUCAAGUUGAUGCCGUUGCCGAUGUUUACAAUGACUGGAGGAUUCAAUGGGUAGCAAUGCUGAAAGGCGUCACAGACGAGUACAGAAACAAGAUUGUGCCAGAAUACUACAAGGUCAUCUCAGAGUACUACUCUGCCAACAACGGCCCGUAUCUCCUUGGAGGUAAGGUCACCUACGCCGACUUUGCUGUCUACCAAUCCAUCGACAAUGACGAGCGAAUCGGCGCUUUGCCUGCUGAGCUUCCCGAAGCGGUGCAACGGUUCCGCGAGGCCUUUGAGGCGCGUCCGACCAUUGCGGCUUAUAUCGAGGAGAACCGCCCGAAGAAGGCAUGA